AUGUCGACUGCCGAAAAUUCUCGUUCGACUUCUUUAUGGAUGGAUGUGGUUCGGGAAUAUCUCGACAGCAAAGAACCGGAAAAAUGGUCAUACAAUGAGUUCUUGACUGAACAGCGUAAUGCAAUCAUCACGUUGCCACCUUUCAGCGAUGACUGGAGCUCUCUAAACGGAACAUGGCUGAAAAGGUCUUGCUCAGCAGCUGAGGAACGUUUGAUCAAUGGCGAAACUCCCGUUCAAGUAUUACUGGUUCGGGAGAAUUCAGUUACUACUGAGCGAACUCUGACAAUAACCGCGCUACUGGAGAAACCUAAUUCUGGAGCGUACGGAGGUGAUGCUAACAAUAGGAUGAAACCUGCUAUCGAGACGGAAGCAGCUAUAAAUAAAGCGGGGCUGCAAACACUCGGGAUUUCCGCAGAGGAUGAUGAGGACGAUACCGAACAGAGCUCGAAGCAACAAAAAAUCAGUCAUUUUCCAGAGCAAGUU